CAGCACCAUGGCCCGCGCCGCGACCCCCGCUGCCCCCCGCGCUCUCGGGACCCUCCGCGCCGCGCUGCUGCUCCUGCUCCUGGGCGCCGCCUGCCGGCAAGCUGCAGGGGCGUCCCUGGCCUCCGAACUGCGCUGCCAGUGCCUGGAGACCAUGCAGGGCAUUCACUUCAAGAACAUCCAGAGCGUGACGGUCACGCCCCCGGCACCCCACUGCCCCCGCACCGAAGUCGUAGCCAUUCUCAAGAACGGUCAGCAAGCCUGUCUCAACCCCGAAGCCCCGCUGGUUAAAAAACUCGUCGACAAGAUGCUGAAAAAAAGUCAAUCAAGCUAGAAAGAAGGAAGAAGCUGAUCGCAUUCAGUUCCACUCUUGGAGGAAUCCGAAGGAAGGAUGAAUAGUUUCCAGGGCCAUCUAGAUUUUUGUUCCUUGUUUUUGACUAGGUUUUAUGAGGGUUCUAUUUAUUGACGUAUGUGUUACAGUGGUUAUUUAUUUAUUUAUGAAGGCUUAUAUUUUAAUGUUCUAAUUUAAAGAUGUGAAUGUGUUUGGUGAUUUGCUGUUUGGGUGGGCUUACUGUCUUGUUAUCAAACAGUGUUCAGGGGGCCCAGGUCCAAUUCCUUGUUGUUUGGCCAGAUUGGAAGAUUCAGUAUUGGGGUUCCAAAAUCCCUUGGGUAACCAGGACACAUCUGAGUGUGUUGGAAUGCAUUGUAAUGCCUGGCUCCAAACCCUGGUCAAUUCCUGAACUAUCUCCUCAGCCCCUGUACUGAUAUUUAUAGUUUUUUUUAUAUUAAAUCAGUUCAGUCCUGUUAUUUAAUUUGUAUAUUGGGCACUUUAAAUGUUUUUCAUUCAUUAUACAGACUUUGGGGGGAGGAGGAAAGUUUAUAUCUUCGACUGUGGUAGAGACUGGAUGAUAAAAUGGCGACUGGGAAGGGAUGGUCAUCACAGGUGUUUUGUACUGUUGAGAAGAAUAUCAGUUAUUUAUUGAAACCAUCAAUAUUUCGAAUGUUGAAAUUUUUAAAAACUGCGAAGUUUUAUUAAUCCCUGAGACAUUUUAUGUCUUCCUUGUAAGGCAUAAUGCCUUGUUUAAUUUCUGUUACUUAAAGUUUCUCUGUCUUAGAAUGGAGAAGUUUAACUAUUUGAUGUAUU